AUGGAUGUGUACACCCCCGCGUAUCUCCCCUACGUCUUCCAGACGUACGCCGGGUUGUUCUCCCGGAAAUGCAAGAAAGUGGUAGCGGAUGAUGUGACUCCCGUCGCCGAACAGCCGAGACUACCAAGCUUACCACAGGCUACGGUCCCUCAGCGAAGACCGCAAAGUAUUGGGAUACCAGCUGAGGUAUCACUGGAAGCUGGUGUCGACUAUUCCCUUCACUACGUUACGUUUCUCGUACGGAUACGGCUGAAAGAGGGGAUUGGGCUAGCCGUGAGGGAUGCAUCAGGCAGCAGCGACCCCUAUGUCCGCUUCAAGUACAAGGAAAGGAUCGUCUACAAGAGUAAUACGAUAUUUAAGAACUUGAACCCGGUCUGGGAUGAAGAAUUUUCGAUGCUGGUGGACGACAUCACAAACCCCGAUUGUGAUAGGGGCGAAGAACUCGGCCAGAUCGCCCUCUCGCUAUCGAUUAUGCCACAAACACAAGAGGAGAAAGAACAGUUCCUUCAAAAGUCCCGAGGUGGCGUGCUGUCAUCACAAGAAGUGAAGGCGCAACGUCUCGUUCAAAUCUGGGCUCGGUCGUCAGUAAUGGUUCUCGUCGAGGCGAAGGAGAAGCACAGGCGACCCGCUCCCGGAGCCCCAGAUCUAAAUACUGCAAGUUCAAGAAGCUCGGCCAGGAGAAGUACAAGAGCAAGGCAGAGUCAUCUCCAGGACCGGCGACCCCAAGUGGAUCGAGCAGAACUCCGCUACAGUCAUCAAUGCCUCAAGGAAGUCGGCCAUCUGACGGUGAAAGUCUUUCGAGCCGAAAACCUUAUCGCCAAGGACUUGGGCGGGAAGUCUGACCCGUUCGCAGUGCUGGAAUUAGUAAGCUGCCGACACGGCUGCCCGGGCGCACCAAAGUACAAGACGUUAUCACCGCACUGGAAUAAGCUGUUCAUAUUCUCUGUCCGCGACAUCCACACGUGCCUCGAAGUGACCGUCUACGACGUUGGCCGAACAACAGAAUUCGAGUUCCUAGGCCCGGUCUCGAUCCCGUUAGUUACGAUCCGGAAUUGCGCGAAGAAAUGGUUCGCGCUGAAGGACAAGAAGCUGACGAAUCGUGUGCGGGGGGACAUUCUGUUGGAGCUGGACCUUAUUUGGAAUCCGAUUCGGGCAGCGAUUCGUACAUUCAACCCCAGGGAGCAGAAGUACAUCCAACCGGAACAUAAAUUCAAGCCGGCACAAUUUAAGGCGCGGUGCUCUUUCAUAAUCACCGUCUACAAUUUCCAACUCCACCAUGCUCCUAUCGUCAUUUUACUCCUAUUCCUGAAGGGCUACGUCUACAGGCGCAUCGCGGACGGGCUAAGCCAUGGAAAACGAUGGGAAGAACGAGGAUUAUCUGCCGGUGGAAAUUCGGUAGAUGAGGACGACGAGGGUGAACUGAUUAUACCUACGAAACAGAAGGCCGAGGCGAGCUCCUCGCUACGGGAUACUUUCUUCUCAGUGCAGGAGACGCUGCAAGUAGUUCAAGGAGUGCUCGUGUUCAUCAACGAGUUGCUGCAGAGGAUCAAGAACACCUUCAACUUCACAAACCCGUGGCUCUCCUGGCUAGCUGUAGUCGUUCUAACCGUAGCCACCGGUCUAUUGUACCUCGUCCCCCUCCGCUGGAUCAUCAUGGUCUGGGGUAUCAACAAGUUCACCAAAAAGCUGCGCAACCCGCACUAUGUCGACAACAAUGAACUGCUCGACUAUUUGUCUCGGGUGCCGAGUGAUACGGAAAUUCAACAAUGGCGCGAGCUGCCCGUCGAGCCGAAGAAGCCAGCGAAGGAGAAGACUUCGAAA